GGUGCUUCCUCUUUACCGGCAUUUCAGUAUUACCCCGUGGAGGAGUGAAACUGACAGAGCUGAGCUAUUUAUUUAUUUAUUGUAGUGUAUUUUAAGAUUUACGGAACCCAAGAUGCUCGGCCUGUGCCUUUACGUCCCCUUCUCCAACUCAGACCCAGUUGAGGUGGAAUAUUUUGAGUCAAAUGGACUGCCGUCGGAGUUGAAGUCUCUGUUCAACAAACUGAGCGUGUUCCUGCCUUCACAGGAAUUUUCAUCCUACAAAAGAUGGCGAAAGAAAACCUUAAAAAGGGAAGAAAGUAACUCAGGUGGACAGCUGGACUUUGAAGAGUUUGUUCACUAUCUACAGGACUACGAGAAAGACCUAAAGCUACUGGUGAAAAGCCUCACCAGCAAGAAUACAGGCCACGUUGAUCCUCAGGAGUUCAUGCAGUCCCUCCAGGACCUUGGUGUGCAUAUUUCCCCGCAGCACGCGGAGAAAGCCCUUAAAAGCACGGAUAAGAACGGAAUGAUAACUAUCGGCAGUAAAGACUGGAGCAACUACCCCGUGGAGGAGAAAACCGAGAACAUCCCUGAAAUCAUCCUCUACUGGAAGCACUCUACGAUAUUCGACGUGGGGGAUAACCUGAUGGUGCCCGAUGAGUUCACUGUGGAGGAGAAGCAGACCGGGAUUUGGUGGCGGCACCUGGUCGCCGGCGGAGGAGCUGGAGCUGUUUCAAGGACCUUCACCGCUCCACUGGAUCGACUCAAAGUCAUGAUGCAGGUAAGACUAAACUUAAUCCCAGGUUAAAUCUCAUUCUAGAAA